AUGAACUUUGUCCUGUUGUCAACCUUCACUCUCCUCGAAUCGUUCACGCUUGGUGUUGUCGUCGCAUUUUACGAUAAUCUCAUCGUUCUCGAGGCUCUGAUCAUCACGACCGGUGUCUUCCUCGGACUCACUGUUUUCACCUUCCAAUCCAAGUACGACUUUGACGGUCUAGGUCCAUGGUUGUUUGCUGGUUUGAUCACACUUGUAAUGGGAGGGCUAGUUUCCAUGUUCUUCCCGAUGAACUCGACUAUGGAUCUCAUCUUCGCGAUUGGCGGAUGUUUGAUAUUCAGCGGUUAUAUUAUCUACGACACCCAUCUUAUCAACAGUCGCCUCUCACCGGAUGAGUUCAUCAUGGGAUCUAUCAGCCUUUACCUUGACUUCAUCAAUCUCUUCCUCAACAUCUUGCGUCUCUUGAACCAUGUCCAGGACAACUGA